AUGGAGGCUGAAUUCCAGAGAAAGGUUGCAGAGAGCAGCGGUGACUCUGGUGCAAAUGUUAAACGUCUUGAGGAAGAGACAGCAACAAAAAUUGAACAACUCAAUCAACAGGCUGCAAGCAUAUCCCCAGAAGUCAUUCAGAUGCUUCUGAGGCAUGUCACCACUGUGAAGAACUGA